GUUAAAUCCAUAUAAUGAUGAUUCAUUUAAUCACUUUCAAGAUGAAUUAGUUAAUUUUUGGGAAUUUACUAGUGCUAUAAGAUUUGAAUUGGCUAAGGUUGCAAUUCGAAUACACAGGAUUUGUGUAAACUCAGUAUUUGUCGAAAGACUAUGGUCUAGUAUAGGCUAUUUAUAUACUAAUAGAAGAAACCGGCUUAAGCCAGAAAAAGUUCUCACAAUAGUACAAAUUAAAAGUGAUAUUACCUAUAAUCAAAAUAUUAAAGAUUUACAAAAUAAAGAAAAAAAAGUCUAUCAGCUUCAUAUAGCAACACCAAUUAUUCUGGAAAAAUCUGAUAACAGCAAUAAUAAUGAUAAUCAAGGAGUUAAUAAAGAAAGUAAAAGCUUAAAAAAAAACCCUAACAACUAUGAAAAUAAACCAAAUACUAAAGAAGAUGAAGAAUACUGA